AUAUUAUUCUCUUUUUUCCCUCACCUACUGAUUGCAACAUGUGUCUAUAUAUAUAUAUAUGAAUAUAAACUUUGGAGUCCCAUUGCACCACCACAAAUUCCUUUGUUUUCUUCUUCCUCCUUUUCAAUUUUGUCAAUUAUUAUGGCUGCUGAAGCUCUUACAGAAGAUCAGGUCGCUGAUUUUCGUGAAGCCUUCUGUUUAAUCGACAAGGAUGCUGAUGGAUUCAUCACUGUGGAAGAGCUAGGGGCAGUAAUUCAGUCAUUGGAUGGACAUCCCACCAAGAAUGAAGUUAGAGAUAUGAUAAGUGAAGUUGAUGUCGAUAGUAACGGGACGAUAGAUUUUGAUGAGUUUCUAAAUGUCAUGGCAAGAAAAAUGAAGGACAAUGUUACUGAGGAGCUAAAAGAAGCCUUUAAAGUGUUUGAUAGAGACCAAGAUGGUUAUAUCUCAGCUUUUGAGUUGAGAAAUGUAAUGAUAAAUUUGGGAGAGAGAUUGACAGACGAUGAGGCUGAACAAAUGAUUCGAGAGGCCGAUUUGGAUGGCGAUGGCCGAGUGAGCUAUGAAGAGUUUGCCAGGAUAAUGACAAUCAGUUGAUUUCAUUUGUACAUUAUAGAUGAAACUUCAAAAUCCUAAGAAGAAUCUUUCAUUUAUGUUUAUUGGUACCAUUUGCCCUCACUGUAUAUUAGGAUACUAAAGUUAGAUUUAUAAUAAAGAGCAAAGAAAUGUGAUUUUUCCACCCUUUUCACUGUUUAUCUUCA